ACUGAUUAAUAAUCCCCGCCACCCACCAAUGCUGUCACGUUGUAACUUGUGGGUUCACAUUGACCCACCACUUUCAAUCCACUUGUGAUCCAGCACGACGACUUCAACAUGAUCGAAAGAUGAAGAAGACUUUGCUUCUUUGCUUUAUCCAUGGGUAAGCUCUUCUAUCUGCCCCUCAGAUGUUACACAUACUGAUCUUUGAAAAAGGUUCAAAGGAGGAGACGAUACUUUUGGGUCGUUUCCUGAACAUCUUCGAGCACUCGUUAGCCAUAGUCUUCCAGAAGUGAAUGUUCGGGCAAUCACAUACCCACAGUAUGAAACUCGAGGUGAUUUGGGGGAAUGUGUGAGCAGAUUCAGAGAUUGGUACCGCAUCCCGUGGAGUUAUCAUUGGGCCUGAAGUUAACUGGUUUUAUUACAGGCUUCAAGAAAAGAUAAUUGACAUAGAAGUCAAAAAUGGAACCCCUUCUCCAACUGUCGACCCUUCUGUCCGCACAAUACUCAUUGGCCAUUCUAUGGGAGGAAUCGUUGCUGCGGAUACAGUACUGGGAAUCACAUCCGAUAAAGUGCUAGAUUCAAAGGAAACAACAGAUGCAUUGAAUGCUUUUAUGUUUCCGUAUAUUCAGGGCGUCCUGGCAUUUGAUACACCUUACUUGGGAAUAUCACCAGGUGUUGUUGCUCAUGGUGCAGAGGGUCAUUAUAACGCAGCCACGUCGGCUUUUGCGCAAGUGAGUAGCUUGGCAGGUGCAAUAUGGGGCGAAAAGGAGGUAGACAAAACCGUAAAUGAUAAGAAGCCAGUUGCGGCAUUACCAGCACCACCGGCCCCAGAAGCACCUGCGUGGAAGAAAUGGGGUACAUUGGCUAUGUAUGCUGGAGCUGCUGGAGCGGUAGCUGUCGGAGGUGCAGCUGCGUACUUCAAGAAGGAUCAAAUUCAGGAAGGAUGGUCAUGGGUAGGAUCACAUCUCGAGUUUGUAGGAUGUCUAAUGAAGGGCGAGGAGUUGAAGAAGAGGGUCUCUGGGAUGGUUACUUUGCAAAAGGAGUUACAGGUCGGUUGGGCAAAUUUAUACACAAGGUUGGGCAAGGAGGCAGUUAGUAAAGCCGAUGGGAGCCUGGUUGGGAGUGUGAUGGGAAAUCAACGAACGUUUUGCAAUCUACCCAAAGGCAGUGCUAAAAAUUUCUUCCGAGAGGCCAUUAACGACAAGGCUGCGGAUGAAACGGGUGCACAUAUGAGUAAGUUUCCAAGAAGGCUUUCGGGUUUUCGGAGCUAAUAGUUCUCUAGCUAUGUUUUUCCCGAAAGAUAAUCCUGGAUAUUAUGCUUUAUCUGAAGAGGCCAAGAAAUUGAUAGUGGAGUGGUCAAGUAAUGAGUGGUACGAAUCGAGCACGGGACGGUCAAACACAGGACAAUCAAACACAGGACAAUCGAGUACAAGGCAAUCGAGCACAAGACGAUCAAGCACAGGACACUCGAGCACAAGGCAAUCGGGUACAGGACAAUCGAAUAUAAGAGAAUCGAGUACAAGACAAUCAAGUACAGGACAAUCAAGUACAGGACAAUCAAACACAGGACAAUCGAGUACAAGGCAAUCGAGCACAAGACGAUCAAGCACUGGACAAUCAAGCACUGGACAAUCGAGCACAAGACGGAAAUCCUCCAAGGAUAUCAAGGUCGAGCACGAAUUGCGAUGAAAUGAAUUUGCUUGAAGUGGAAUUUUGAUAAUGAAAACCGAGCCGGCGUGCUGUUGACUAAGGAUAUAUGAACUACACAUAGACAGAUUGCCAAAUGACUGAGUAUUCACCCAUUUCUGGAAAGGCAGCAACAAACACUACCCAUGCCAGAUGUACCGUGACUUUCCCCCUUUAUGCAUCCGAUCCAAGACACGUAGUCAGAGGAUUUACAACCGUUCUAGCCAUGGAGGAACGGCGAUUUGACGGC